AUGAGAGGAAAUUAUAUUUUAUUUAUUUUGUUUUUCGUAGGCUUUGCUCUUGUUUCUUCGAAGCAAAAUAAAAGCCAGAUUGAACUAUAAUCUUUGGAUUCUUCAGAAACUCUUAAAAAGUAGAUCUAACACAGCAGCUCUCAUGAGAAAUCCCUUAAGCAUUCUUCUUCUUAUUCAAAAGAAAGAUUUUCUUCAAGAAAGAAGUUUCAUUAAACAGAGACUAACCCUUCUCUAGCUUAGACUACAAUUGCUGCAUCACACAAAACAAAAAGAAUAGAACAAAGAGGUGAUUCUGUUUUAGGUGAUAUGGUUAUCGGAGCUCUAUUAUUUUUUGCUGGUUUCCCAUGCUUAUGGUUCAACGAAAAAGGAUAUGCCUAUACAAAAACAUUCUUGAGAAAGUAUCUUAAAUAAUGCAUUAAAGUAGAGCCAACAAUGGUCGAUUCUUAAAAUGAGGGAAAACUAGUUUGCGUCAAUGGUGAUACUACUACUUUUGACGUAAUUUAAGAUCCUGCCUUUAAUAUCUAAGUUUAAAAUUGUAUUAAACUGUACAGAAAAUGCGAAAUGUACUAAUGGGUAUAAGAUCGCCAUACACGUAGAAUUAACAAUAGUGAGGAUGAAGUUUAUUACACAUAUACUUUAAGUUGGAAAGAUAGCUUUAUUGAAAGCAGAACCUUUGUUGAAGAGUUUGGGCAUGAAAAUAAUAACAAUGACUGGCUUUAUAACGAAUAAGAAAUGUAUGCUCCUACAGUUAACUAUGGUGCUUUUUAUUUAACUGAAAUUCAAAAGAAAAAGUGCUCAAAAUAUGAACCAGUUAAUGUAGAUCUUCCUAUCCUUCAAGAAUUAGCUGCUAAAGGUAAUUAUUAACUUUCUUCUAAUCCUAUAGUUUAGCAAAGUGCUAGCCAAAAUUAAUCAAAUGUAUCUCCUGUCAAUCCCAUGACUGAUGGUUAUCCUAAUCAAUAAGGAUACUAUCCUGCUCCUUCUUAAAACAACAAUUCUUGGGGUUAAAAAACUAUCCUUUUCUAAGAUGGUUACAUUUACUUUAAGAAAAAUGUAAACACUACUGCUACAGCUGGUGAUUUCCGUGUCAAAUUUACUAAAAUUCCAUGUGGUGAGAUAACUGUAAUUGGCUAAUAAGCUUAAGGAUGUAUUGAAACAUUCUCUCCUGAAGAAAGUAAAUAAAAAAAAGAUUUAAAUGACGAUGAAGCUUUACAAGAUGGUAAUGGAUGCUGUUUUUGUUGCUCUGCAAUAUGUAAAGUUUGUGAAAUUAUUAAUGCUCCUAUUAGUGAAAUUAAUUGGGUUAAGGAAUAAAAAGUUAAAAAGAAAGUUAUUUUCUAAGAGUAACUUUCAAGCUAUGAAUUGAAGACCUGGUUAAUGAGAUUCUUAGGUUUCUUAUGUUUCAUGCUCGGUGUUUAUUUCAUGCUUUCACCAGUAUAUACCUUAUUAUAUUGGUUCCCAUUAGUAGGUAGAUUCUUAGGAGCUCUAGGUAGCUUCAUUUGUGGUUUAGUCGGAUUUUUAAUUGCUGUCCCUUUAACAAUACUGGUCAUUAGUAUUGCUUGGUUAUUCUAUAGAAAAGAAAUCGGUAUCCCACUUUUAUGUGUAGCAUUAAUCAUAAUUGGUUAUUUUACUUACGCAUAUGCUAAAGACUACAAAGGAGAAUAAUCAAAAUUCUGA